AUGGCACCAGUUCAAUGCCAAGUAUGCACAAAAGAAACAUCCAAGUACAGGUGUCCAGUGUGUUUAAUCAGAUAUUGCUCACUAGAAUGCUUCAAAGCACAUAAAGAAAAUGAAGCAUGUACCAAGCCAAUAUCGCAAUCCAACGACUCUCAACAGCCAUCCUCAGCAUCAACGACUAAUAGCAUACAGUCAGACGUUAUUAGGCCUACAAAUCAGCAAUCGAUCCUUACACCAAAUAAUGAUCCGGUUCUUUCGCAGGAUCAGCUGGAUAGAUUAAGAACAUCGGAUGCUAUCAAAGGCAUGUUGCAGCAACAGCCAGAUUUAAAGAGUUUGCUCGUUCAUAUUGAUUCAGCAGAAUUCCCUGAGCAAUUGCUCAACCAUCACAUGGAAAAGGAAGGGCCAUUCAAAAACUUUGCUCAGGAAGCUCUCAGGGUCACUGGGAGAACUGCUGGAGUUAUCCACAAUGAAGAUGUAUUCAAAAUCUAA